AAUAUCUAGUAAGAGAAUGUACUCCUUUCAUUUCUCUUGAAUCCAGCUAAGUGAGCUUUUACCACCGCUAUUCUGCCAGGACUUCCUCGUGCUUUCCAGUGUUGCUGAACCCUCAGCUUGUUCUCAGGCCUCCUGUCCUUGACUCGUUAGUGAUAUUUGACACAUUUGGUCACUCCUUCCUGAAACACUUUCCUCACUUUGGUUCCAAGACAUUAACUUUCCUGGUCACUGUUUUGGUUCACUGGCAUCUCGACCUCCUCUAGUAGAUCUUUCUAACAUUAGAGUGUAGUUGGCUUCAUCUUUGACUGAUUUUCUUCUCACCUGGUACUCACAUACUUACGUGUUCCAUGGCAUUAAGUAACGUCUCUAAGUUAAUGGCUACCAGGUUUUAUUUAGAGUUUAUUAUUCUGCCCUGGCUCUCAUAUUCACCUGUUUAGCUGUCUGUACUUGGAUCUCUGACUCAGCUGAUCCACAAUCUCACUCUUGAGUUUUCCCUCCCAGACUUGACCUUCCCCAUCUUACUAAAUGACUGCUCCAUCCUUACAUUUGCCCAGGCCAGAAACAUUAAAGCUGUCCUGCUGUUUUCAUUCUCUAUCAGCCUAUAUAGUGCAAAUCCUGUUGACUCGACCUUUCAAGUAUGCCAGACCUCUCCAGCUUUUAACAGCUACCUCACUAGCACCCUGGUCCGGAGUCAUCACCAUCCCUUGCUUCAUUAAUGGCUGUAGCCUCCCAAGUCUUGCCCUUGGUCGCCUGCAGAUGUCAUACUUGACCCUAAGUGAUCUGGCCCACUGCUGCUUCUCUCAGGCCGCCUCCCACUAUUAUCGCCUCAGCCCCUGUGCUUUACUUACCCUGUCCUCCUUGCAGUAACUUCAGCACAAGUGAGUGGAAGCCUCAGGGCCUUGCAGUGCAGUUUGCCCAGCUACAGUGCUCUCCUCCCAGGAUUCUGCCAGGCUCGCUCUCGUUCCCUUAAAUAUCUAAUAGUCAGAUGUCACCUUUUUCAUGAGGCUUUUUUAAAUACCACAUAUAAAAUAAAUCCCUUGCCACUCAGCAUAUUCUUUUCACCACAUCCUGCUUUAUGUGUCUCCAUGUACAAUUUUAUUACCUUCCACCCCCUAGACAGUAAGCCCUUAAAAGAUCAAGAGUUUUUUUUUUUUUGUUUUUUUUUUUGAUCCAGUGUUGUAUCUUCAGUGCCUUCAACAGUGCUGAGCAAUAGUUUUUAACCGACUUUGGUUCCCUCUUGUGAGACCUGGUGCUCUUGCUGUUCUUUCCCACAUGCUGCUUAGUUUUCAGCAUUCGCCAGAGGCUUUCCACUUGGUUGUUCCUCACGUAGUUAAUUUGGUUCACGCCUGCAAAUGUGAUGGCCUGCCAUCCAGUGCAGCCUUCUUAGUGCAGUUGACAGAAUUGAUACACUGCAUGAUGUAUCAUUACUCUGGAUUUCCAGAUCUCUACGAACCUAUUCUGGAAGCAAUAAAGGAUUUCCCUAAGCCCAGUGAAGAGAAGAUUAAAUUGAUUCUCAAUCAAAGUGCCUGGACUUCUCAAUCCAAUUCUUUGGCAUCUUGCUUGUCUAGACUUUCUGGAAAAUCUGAAACUGGGAAAACUGGUCUUAUCAACCUUGGAAAUACGUGUUAUAUGAACAGUGUUAUACAAGCAUUGUUUAUGGCCACAGAUUUCAGGAGACAAGUAUUAUCUUUAAAUUUAAAUGGGUGCAAUUCAUUAAUGAAAAAAUUACAGCACCUUUUUGCUUUUUUGGCUCAUACACAGAGGGAAGCAUAUGCACCUCGGAUAUUCUUUGAGGCUUCCAGACCUCCGUGGUUCACCCCCAGAUCACAGCAAGACUGUUCUGAAUACCUCAGGUUUCUGCUAGACAGGCUUCAUGAAGAAGAAAAGAUCUUGAAAGUUCAGCCCUCACACAAGCUUUCUGAAAGCCUGGGGUGCAGUGAAACUUCUUUACAAGAAAUGACCAGUAAGACGGCUGUCCUGACAGAGACCACUUGCACAAGCGAUGCUGAGAAGACUUUAAUAGAAAGAAUGUUUGGGGGGAAGCUACGAACUCACAUAUGUUGUCUGAACUGCAGGAGUACCUCACAGAAAGUGGAAGCCUUCACAGAUCUCUCACUUGCCUUUUGUCCUUCCUCUUCUUUGGAAAACCUGUCUUUUCAAGGUGCAGCGCCAUCGCUCAGUACACUCGAGGAUGGUUCUGGGCCAGCCAGCGUGCCCGGGCCUCUGCAGGACCUCGGAGGUUCUGAUCCAGCAGCCGCCUUCGUCUGUGACUCAGCGGUGACGGAAAGAAUGGUAGGCAGCCCCCCUGAUGAGUUUUGCUGUGCCGAGAACACCUCUGGCCCUGAUGAACCCAGCAGCAUUCUUGUUAAUAAAGAUGUACCUCAGAAACCAGGAAGUGAAACCACACCUUCAGUAACUGACUUGCUAAAUUAUUUUUUGGCUCCAGAAAUUCUUACUGGUGAUAACCAGUAUUAUUGUGAAAACUGUGCCUCUCUGCAAAAUGCCGAGAAAACUAUGCAAAUCACGGAAGAACCUGAGUACCUUAUUCUCACUCUCCUGCGAUUUUCAUAUGAUCAGAAGUAUCAUGUGAGAAGAAAAAUUUUAGACAACGUGUCACUGCCACUGGUUUUGGAGUUGCCAGUUAAAAGAACUACUUCUUUCUCCUCGUUUUCAGAAAGUUGGUCUGUAGAUAUUGACUUGACUGAUGUGAGUGAGAACCUCGCAAAAAAAUUAAAGCCCUCUGGGACUGAAGAAGCGAGCUGCCCCGCACUGGUGCCCUAUCUGCUCAGUUCUGUCGUCGUGCACUCUGGUGUUUCCUCCGAAAGUGGGCAUUACUACUCUUAUGCCAGGAACAUCACAGGAACAGAGUCUUCGUACCAGAGGUGCCACCAGGCUGAAGCUCUGGCAUUAGCUUCCUCCCAGAGCCAUGCAGUAGGGAGAGAAAGCCCCAGUGCAAUCAUAGAGCAGGAUUUGGAAAAUAAAGACAUGUCAAAGGAAUGGUUUUUAUUUAAUGACAGCAGAGUGACGUUUACUUCAUUUCAGUCAGUCCAGAAAAUUACCAGUAGGUUUCCAAAGGAUACAGCUUAUGUGCUUUUGUAUAAAAGACAGAAUAUCACGAAUAGUUUAAGUGGUAAUGACUCAGCCAGUGGACUCUGGGUAAAUGGAGACCCGCCUCUACAGAAAGAACUGAUGGAUGCGAUAACAAAGGACAACAAACUCUAUCUACAGGAACAAGAGUUGAACGCUAGAGCACGGGCCCUACAAGCUGCAUCUUCCUCCUGCUCAUUCCGGCCCAAUGGAUUUGACGACAAUGACCCACCAGGAAGCUGUGGACCAACUGGUGGAGGGGGUGGAGGAGGAUUUAAUACAGUCAGUAGACUCGUAUUCUGAUCCUGAGUGUCCAAAAUGCACUGAACGCAAAACAUCCAAUCCUAUGACUGUUAAAAUGUCAGACUGUAACAAAUACCAGAUCUAUCUUCUAUUUUUCUUUUCAUUAGACCCUUAUCCUUUAAGAAAACACACUCAGUGUUUGUUUUUAUUUUCUUGACAAUACAUUUGUUAACAAAAUGCAUCAUGGGAAAAAAAUCUACCUCUUAAAAUUCCAUUUGCUUUUAUGGUUAGACAUGCUUGACCAAAAAUUUUCAGAGGAAAAUAAAUACCUGGUCCCUAAUUAAGCUGCAUUAAAUUUAGUAGAGGCAUUUAAAUGAUCCUAAUCGUCAAUCUUAUUAAACAAAAGGUAUUAUUCAUUUAGCAUCUUUAUGAAAGAAUUGAUUUUAAAGGU